UUUUCUUUCUUUUUUCUUUUUUAUUAAGAAAUCGGUUCUACAAAGUGGCAUCUUUAUUCUUACAAAGGUCUGAUCUGCGUUCAGACGCAUCGCUCCGGACUGGGUUUUGUGUUUAAAAUGGACUUGGAAGACCUGCCACGGAGGGUCCAAGAGAUCUGGUUGCAAACAGAGUGAAAAACUGGAACAACUGAGCACAAUAACCCCAGCAUGGCAUCAGCUGUGGACGGCGGCUGCUCCAUGCUGCUGAACAGCAGCGCGAGCGGCUCCGGAGCCUCUGCGCCCUGCAACCAGAGUGUCCGAGACCUCGCCCCCUACUCCCCCGAAGCCACGGCGGCCUUUGCCACCGCCAUAACCCUGAUGGUGGUCUUCACCAUCUUCGGAAAUAUCAUGGUCAUCAUUGCUGUCCUGACCAGCCGUUCUCUCCGGGGUCCACAGAAUCUGUUCCUGGUGUCCCUGGCUGCUGCGGACAUUUUAGUGGCCACCCUCAUCAUCCCCUUCUCUCUGGCCAAUGAACUGCUUGGCUACUGGUACUUCAAGUCUCUGUGGUGUGAGAUCUACCUGGCGCUGGACGUGCUCUUCUGCACCUCCUCCAUUGUGCACCUGUGCGCCAUCUCGUUGGACCGCUACCUGUCCAUUUCCAGGGUCACUUACGGACGCCAGCGAACUCCCAAGCGYAUCAAAGGCGCCAUUGUGGUGGUGUGGCUCAUUUCUGCCAUCAUCUCCUUCCCUCCUCUGCUCUCGCUCAACAAGAGUGAGGGGGGCAGCCAGGGGAGUGAGAAAGGACCUCAGUGCAGGCUGAACGAAGAGCGCUGGUACAUCUUAUACUCCACCAUAGGCUCCUUCUUUGCACCGUGCCUCAUCAUGAUCCUGGUCUACGUAAGAAUUUAUCAAAUAGCCAAGCAGAGAACCCGCUGCCCCCCAGGAGAGCCCAGGAAGGAUGGGGUCGGUUGUGCAACCCCAGGUCAAACUCCACGACACAUACAAGAAAAUGGGAAGGACGAAGAAGAAAGUACCCCUCCUUCAGCCAACAAAACCUCAAAUCCCAGACCCCCCACUCUUGCCAUCACCCCUUCUCCAUCUCCAGGAGACUCUCAAAAUUCCCCAAAUCCCACCGCCAAUAAUCUCCUUCAGCCUCCAUCCCCAUCCCCAGCCAUGUCUCCUGUCACCACCUCUCUUGACACGUCUCCACGCGGCCCCUCAUCCCCCUCCUCGGCACCCCACUCUGAGCCAAAGACUAAAGAGGUGGGCAAGAAGGGCAAGCGCCUGAGAGGGAAAAAGGCUGACAAUAACAACGGUGACAGCUCCAGCACAGACAGCGAUCUGGAGCACAGCCAAGGAGGGGGUCGGGGCAGCGCCAGCAUGCCGGGCUCGCCUGCGGGAGGGGGGAUCAACUCCCCAGCCUCCGUCAAGCGCUACCGUGACAUGAUCGCCACUUCAAAGGGGGCUCGGCUGAUGCCAGGGAGAAAGUCCAAAACAGACAACAACCCCGGAGCUGCCCGACGCAAAGCAAUGGUCAACAGAGAGAAACGCUUCACCUUCGUCCUGGCGGUGGUCAUCGGCGUCUUCGUGGUGUGCUGGUUCCCUUUCUUCUUCUCCUACUCGCUGCAGGCAGUGUGCCCUGUGACCUGCAACAUCCCAGGCCCGCUUUUUACAUUUUUCUUCUGGAUUGGCUACUGCAACUCCUGCCUCAACCCAGUCAUAUAUACCAUCUUCAAUAAAGACUUCAGAAAGGCUUUCAAAAAGAUAUUGUGCGGAGGCACCAAGGGGACCUUCUUUUAGCAUAUGAAUACGAUGUGUGCGACACAAACACACACACCCCCAAAAAAGAGCUUUUCCCGAGGCAUAAAAGAACAAUCAUUUCCAUUUUUCAAAACACUUAAAGGGCUGUUUUUUAAAAAAAGGUAUAACUGCAGAUUUCAGAGUGAAAUUCAGAACUCAGAGACACUUUCUUCAGCCAUAAUGUGCAAAAGGGCAACUUGGACUGCUUAAUCGCAGCUCACAGCUGACACAAAUUUUAAUAGGGUGUGAGAUGAAAACAGGAAACUGACUGCAUUAAACUGCUUAGCACUUCAGUCCUGCUGAUAGGAUUCUGAAUGCAGCACUUUAUCUCCGGAUCAUAUUGACUUGUAGAUAAGGCUGGGAGACAAAGUGUUGCAGGAAUCGCAGAAAUGUGCACAUCAUCACCCAUAGACGAUCUUUAAACACUGAGAAAUGUCUAAGUGAAUAAAGACCUUUUAAUUUAUAUUAAAGGUUUUCUAAGUACUUCAGAACAAAUGGGCAUAGAAGGCAAGUGACCUUAGAUUCCCAUGAGCCUGAGGCCUUUUAUUUAUCAGCACAGAGCACAAAGAGGACACAAGGUUAGUGGUGAUUGCUUACUUCUGCAGUCUUAAUUUGUCUGACCGCGGGGCAAACAUGUGUUCCUUGAUUUUUAAAGAGCAACAAGAAAAGGUGGUUUCAAAUGAUCACAGAUGUGAUAGCACAAACAAGGCCACCCUUUCAGACUAAACUUGUGGACUUUUCAUGUGGAAAAGCCACCUUGCUCACGGCUUCGCGGGAGACACAGGUCCUGGCUUUCACCUUCCCCGUCCUGCAGAACUGAACAAACUGUGCUUAUUUUGGACACAGCGGAAAAUCCCAUUCAUGUUAUUGAAAAGCACACAUACGGCGUGAUCCUUCCCAUCACUUCCUGUGUUUAACUGGACUCUCACUGGUCUGAGGACCUCGACCAAGGAGCUGACUCAGUCGUUGGGCUUUUAAGCAACAAUCAAAACUGCUUCUUGGAACUCCUUCAGAGCUUAUUUCCUGUAUCUGCUUGGGGGUGCAUCACUUGAAGACUGAAAACUAAUGAUUCUCAUUUAAAUUGCAAACAUUAUUUUCCCUUAAAUCCCUGCUUCCUUGAUAAGCAGCAGUAUUUACCAGGUUGACAUUUACAGUGUUUAUGAAGGACAGAUGAACAAUGCAAUUAUGAAUGUGUGAUGUUACCCUUAAUUAUACCCUUUGUUUUUGUUUUUCUGAGAACCAUGUGGCUGAGAGGCUCUUUUGCAGCACCUCAGGCACAUCACCGCCUGCAGUGGACCUCUGAGUUGGCACUUUUAGGUUGUUAGUGGGAGGUAAGAAAAGAUGGAUGGCAAAUUUAUUGACGACAAUAGAAGGAUGAAAAGAAAACUAUGUCUAAAUGUGAACUCCACGCAGGCUUAUUGACUCUUUGGGACAAGGGCUGUCAGCAGCAACGCACCAAUAACCUAAUUGUCUAAUUCUGCUGACCGGUAUGAGUGUGUGUGUGUGUGUGUGUGUGUGUGUGUGU